AGCACAUCCUCAGCGGAGGUCUAGAUAAAGAGAUCUCAGAGUGCCAAGUACCCAGUGACAUUAAUUCAAAGAUCCUGGCUAUCACGACAGCCCGCAAUGAGUGCAUCGCUGGGGACCUGGACACCGCUGAAGAGUUCCUCACCCAAGAGAUCGAUACCGAUGCCAACCCUUAUACUUCCUAUACCAAUCGCUCAUUCGUUAUGGCCCGAAAAUACGACGGAGAACGACCUUUACGAUGAGGCGAUUGAAGGGACACGUCUGAAGACCUAGUCACUUGUACCUCUCAUACUACUCCCUCUCCUCUGAAGAGGCAGCCAAUAGUCAGCGAUGCAGUGCAAACAAUACUUGCUUUUAAGAUGAUUCCCAGGGCACGCUGGCGUUUCUCCAUCAAUAUUCAUUCAAACGGAAUAUGUGACGAGCCUUUGAUCUUCUUUGACCAAGAGUCAGUUCAGGCACAUUGGGCCACUGAGUGGCCUGGUUACCCUAUACAUCCCGACGUGACGGGAUGGCUGCACAUAAAACGCUCCUCUCUCGCCAGGAUUAUGCCGUGUAGUCCAACCCUUGCGAUCAAGAUGUGGGCCCUCACGUCGCUGCUACUUGCGGGCGUCGCCCGAGCAGCCAUUCCCAAUCUCAUGCUUCGUGGUAUGCAGUCUCUCCCAAAGAUUCCAGUGCCGGAACGUUCUAUCACUUCGCCGAAUGGCACAGCACUACCAAACAUCACAACCACCUAUUACUUCGACCAGCUCAUCGACCACAAUAAUCCAGACCUUGGAACUUUCCAGCAGCGAUACUGGAUGAACUGGGAGUUUUAUGAGCCUGGUGGUCCCGUUAUAUUGAUGACGCCUGGGGAAAUUAACGCGGAUGGCUUUGAAGUCUUCAUUACCAAUGACAGUAUCAAUGGUCUCAUUGCCCAGCAACAAAACGGUGCAGCCAUCCUCAUCGAACACCGUUUCUUCGGUGAUUCCAAUCCAUACGACAACCUCACGUCACAAUCUCUCUCGCUCCUCACCAUCCAGCAGGCCAUUGAUGAUCUCGUGUACUUUGCGACCACAGCCGACCUUCCCAUGUCUGGGGGUGAUGCUGUGAAACCAGGUCAGGCGCCAUGGAUAUUGGUCGGAGGAAGUUACUCGGGAGCCCUUUCCAGUUAUACGAUGGUCAACAAACCGGGAAUUUUCUGGGCUGGAUAUUUAUCCUCUGCUACCGUGGAAACGAUCACUGACUAUUAUGAUUAUUUCACCCCUAUUCGCGAGUACAUGCCACAGAACUGUUCUUCUGAUGUCCAGGCAGUGAUCGCCUACCUGGAUAAGAUGUACAUGGCUAACGACACGGCUGGAAUCCAGACGCUGCAGGAGGCAUUUGCCCUCGGCGGUCUCAAUCAUGUAGGCGAUUUCGCCACCGCACAGCGGCCGCCUGCACUCCCUCUGAUUCUCGCAAAGUCUUUGAUUCAAUACAACCUAUGGGAUUGGCAAUCCCUCUCACCUGAUGACGGCCCAGGAUCAAUGUUCUAUCAGUUCUGCGAUGCGCUCGAGGUCAAGGACGGUGUCAAUGCCGGACCUGACGGGUGGGGACUUGAGAAUGCUAUUAACUCUUGGGGCGACUUUUGGAACACUACAUACUAUAGCUACACCUGUCAGGAUAAAGACGUUGAAACCUGCCUUGGGACGUUUGAUCCGACUAUCACCUACUGGACUAAUAUUACCGUGGACAAUGCGGCCAGAUCAUGGUUUUGGAUGGUGUGCAACCAAAUCGGUUUCUACCAGGUUGGUCCCCCUGAAGGCCAACCUGCGAUCGUGAGCCGCAUCAUCCAACCCAGUUUUGUAGAGCGUCAAUGUGUCAACAUGUUCCCUCAAGCCUUCGCCUCUCCCCCUGAUACACCCACGGCAAAGACAAAUGCAAUGUACGCUGGUUGGAACGUGAACAUCCCGCGUAUUUUCCUUGCCAACGGUUUGCGCGAUCCUUGGCGCGGGGGAACCGUGUCUGCUGAUGGACUGAAUAAACCCAACACUACUAGCAUGCCGAUCUAUAUGAGCGACGGAUUCCACACCUCGGACAUGAUAACGGAUAACGGCGUUAUAGAUCCGACUAUCGCGGUCGUGCAGAAAGCAGGAUUAAUGUACAUGAAGGAGUGGCUUGCUGAGUGGAAGCCUUCUACGUAG